GUAGCGUACACAUCUCUAAAGCAAAAUAACAAAACAUGCAAUUUUUUAGAACAAAUUGUUUGGUUUGGAAGUAACUUAAUAUUAAAAAAAUAAUAAUAAUUGGCGGUAGCUGUAAGUCCACUCGAAAGGGGAAUCAUUUAUGUGUCCGCCUGUAGGGCGAGAAACAAACUAAAGUACAAAAAAAGAAAGAGCCAUGGGAUCGACAGUAUGCCGUGUCUGCUUAGCAAAUUCCGACGACAUGGUCAAUAUAUUUGAAGAGACAGCGGGAGUUUCCAUUGCGACUAUGAUAUACGAGUGUACAAGGUUUAAAGUUGUGAAAGGUGACCGAUUUCCACAAAACAUUUGCAAAUCCUGCCUGCAGGAUGCAAAAACUGCAUUCAAGAUGAAGAAAACCUACGAAAGGAGUCGCCAGAUCUACUGCCAAUUAAAUAAGGAUUCAUUGAAGGACGACUUACUGGAGGAGGAAGUGUGCGAAGUGUCGGAUUCCGAGAAUGAGGAUUCAAACAUUUAUGGAGAAGUUCUUGACCAUGUUGAACAAACAAUAAUAAAAGUCGAGGAUCUCGAUAAGGAUUCUUUAGAGGAAGGUUUGUCCAAAGUUUCGGAUAGCGAGAACGUGGAAUCCAACUUUGAUGGAGAAGCUCUUGACCCUGUUGAGUCUGCAAAAGAAGAUGGUUGUGAGGAGCCACUUAUAGCAGUGAAAAACGAACCACUCGAAGACACUUUCGAUGAAGAAUUCAGUCCCAUUUCAGAGAGCGAUUUCGAUCAGUGCGACAGCCGAGUGGCGAUCGAGAAAAUGGAAGAUGAAUACCAAGAAAGUGAUCACGGUUCCGGAAAUAGCGAAGCUAAGGUUUAUAGUCCGCACAAAUGCUCCCAUUGUCCGAAAAUAUGCAUAUCUGAGAAACAACUCAAGAGACACUUGCUAUCCCACACAGCACCGGACCUUCGGUGCUCCCUUUGCUCUAAGCUUUUUUCAAGUCGUGUGAAGCUUGAAAGACAUUUAGCUGUCCACAAACGAGAACGACCGUACAAGUGUUCCCAAUGUCCAAAGACCUUCAAAACGAAUGGACAUCUGGAAACACACAUGAAAGGCCACACAGGAGUACAACAUUUUAGGUGUACCCACUGUAAAAAAACGUUUUUGGAAGAUGCCAAAUUACAAAAGCAUAUGCAAACCCACAAAAGAGAACGACGUUUUCAGUGCUCGCUUUGCUCAAUGUCUUUCGGACAAUCUGCUCAUCUUUCAAGACAUUUUAUUACCCACACAGGAGAACGACCGUUCAAGUGCCCCCAAUGUCCAAAGCGGUUCAGCCAGAAGUCAAAUCUCAAGGUACACGUUCUACUCCACUCAGAUAAUCGGCCGUUCGGGUGCUCCCAAUGCUCCAAGUCUUACGCGUUCAAAUCACAGCUUCAGACCCACCAAAAAAAGCACUCAGAAGCACAUUUUAUAUGUUCUUUCUGCCGAAAAACUUUUUUACAAGAGGACAUUUUUCAAGAACAUUUGCUUACGCACAAGGGAACGCGACGUUUUCAGUGCUCUCUCUGCGUCAAGGCUUUUACAACUGCUGGCAAUCUUCAAAGACACUUUGUUGUCCACUCAGGAGAACGUCCGUUCAAGUGCUCUCAAUGUCCAAAGGCCUUUCUUCAGAACGCCACUCUGGGCGCACACAUGCGAAUCCACACAGACUCCCAGGGAGAAAAGGAAAAUAAUGGCAGCGCAAGGAAGAAAAGGAAGGAAAAGGAGGAAAAGGAAGUAGGGAGGCUGCGUCAAAGAUCCUCCCGGGCCACCAGAAACUCUCGUCUCAGAUCCAGAUCAGAAUCUCAGUAAUCCGAAUGGGAGAGAAAAUACAGAAGACAUUGUCACCCGUCAAGGAGUCGGAAUCGCAGGAGACAUCGACAAAGGAGUCCUUAUCGACCGAUCCCAACCAAAUAAAAUAUUUUUACGAUAUUAAUAGAGACGUUACUAUUAAUGAAUAAAUAAUAAUAAAACAACAAAAUACAUGGGAAUUUAGUAAACAGGUUUUCUACAAUUUUAAUUCUUAAAUACUAUU